AUGUCAAUCCUUAAGCAAACCACAAAACGGGUAGGUGAUCGCUUUGAGACCGGUCUUUUAUGGACCCACGACGAGGUCGCUCUUCCAAAUGCCUACAACAUGGCUCUAAGAAGGCUCGAAUGUCUCGAACGCAAAAUGAAUCGCAAUAAAAAGCUGAAGGAUAAUUUGCACCGACAGAUUGCAGAAUACGUUUCUAAAAAGUACAUCCAUAAGGCAACAGAUGAUGAGCUAGAACAGGCGGACACUAAUCGUGUAUGGUACCUUCCGUUGGGGGCCGUAAUUAACCCAAAAAAGCCGGAAAAGAUACGCAUUAUCUGGGAUGCAGCCGCAGAGGUUUCAGGAGUGUCUUUAAAUAAAAAUCUGCUUAAGGGACCAGACCUACUUUCAUCCCUCCCCGGCAUCCUGUUUCAAUUCCGUCUUUUUCGCGUGGCCGUAAGCUCAGAUAUUCAGCAAAUGUUUCACCAAAUUCAGAUCCGACCGGAAGACCGAAAUGCGCAACGAUUUCUGUGGAGAUCAGAUCCGUCAAAAACGCCAGAUAUCUACCUGAUGGAUGUAGCAACAUUUGGGUCGACUUGUUCACCGGCGUCGGCACAAUUUGUUAAAAACCUAAAUGCAGAGCAACAUUCAACGAAGUAUCCCGAUGCAGCAAAGUCUAUAAUCAGCCGAUAUUAUGUUGAUGACUAUUUUGAAAGUUUUGACGACGAAAAUGAGGCUAGAAGGAUUGUUGCAGACAUCCGGACAAUACAGGAAAAUGCCGGCUUCACUCUCCAUAACUGGAGGUCAAACAGCAUCGGAGUGCUAAAUCACAUUCAAGUAUUGCCGAAUUCAACCACGCAAGAACUCAAAUUCGAGAACGACGAAAAACUAGAACGAGUCUUAGGAAUGCUGUGGAAUCCAAGCACUGACGAGUUAGGAUUCUCUACGCACAUGAGUGAUGACGUUAAAGACCUACUACAAUCCGGAAACAGACCGACGAAGCGACAGAUCUUGCGAUGCGUUAUGUCGCUAUUCGAUCCGUUAGGCCUCUUGGCCCCAUUUCUCAUUCAUGGGAAAGUACUGAUCCAGGAUCUGUGGCGUUCAGGAAUCAGCUGGGAUGAGGAAGUGGGAGAUUUAUUAUUUACAAGAUGGAGCGAGUGGAUCAAAAUGAUCGAACACAUCGAGUCUGUACGUAUAUCUCGCUGCUAUUUCGCUGAAGCCACGAAACUCACUUAUACCAACACCGAACUUCACAUAUUCGUGGAUGCAUCUGAGGUCGCGUACUCGUGCGUUGCCUACAUACGUAUCGUAAGAGCUGACGGAUCUGUUGACCUUAGUCUUGUGUCGGGAAAAUCAAAAGUCGCCCCUUUAAAACCCAUGUCCAUUCCAAGAUUGGAACUCCAGAGCUGUUUCCUAGGAGCACAACUGAUGAGCUUUAUUAAAAACAACCAUGACAUUCUCAUUUCUCGAACCGUUCUCUGGACCGAUUCACGGACUGCGCUCUCAUGGAUACACUCGGACCCUCGAAACUAUCGCCCGUUUGUUGCACAUCGAGUUGGAGAAAUAUUAGAGCACACCACUCCGGCGAACUGGCGAUGGGUGCCUUCUAAAUCAAACCCCGCCGAUGAAGCCACUAAAUGGGGUAAAGGACCCUAUUUCACAAAUAAUUCAUGCUGGUUCAUCGGGCCAGACUUUCUCCGUUUGCCAGAACCAGACUGGCCUGCUCCAAUAGAUCGAAUUCUAACAACUGAAGAGGAACUACGUGCCUCUGUUUUCCUUCAUGCAGAAUAUAAACCCGUUAUUGUGUACGAAAGAUUUUCACGUUGGGAGCGACUUUACCGUGCCAUAGCCUACGUUUUACGAUUCUUGAAAUACUACCCAAAGCAUAUAGACAAACUGUCAGACCCCUUGGAACAAUCAGAUUUAGCGACCGCAAUCCAGCAGAUAUUAAAACAAGUUCAACUAGAAACCUUUCCUCAAGAACUCACCACCUUGAAACAAAAUAGCAAAGAAACUCUCAACUCAGGCAGUACCAUCCGAAAGUAUGCACCGUUUCUAGCUGAAGAUGGAUUGCUCAGAGAGAACAGCCGUAUUCGAAAUUCCAAAUCAGUAGCGUUUGGAACUCGCUUCCCGAUAAUAUUACCAACCAAACAUCGUGUGACAUUCCUUGUCGUGGAUUGGUACCACCGUCAUUACAAGCAUGCAAAUUUUGAAACUGUGGUAAACGAAGUGCGUCAACUCUAUACAAUCCCGGGACUUCGCUCACUAGCUAAAAGGGUGAGCCGAGGAUGCCAAAUGUGCAGACUACGCAACGCUAAACCUGCUCCUCCUCCAAUAGCACCAUUGCCACCAUGCAGACUAGCUGACCGACAACGACCGUUCACGUUCACUGGGCUGGAUUAUUUCGGUCCGCUUCUUGUUAUAGUUGGCCGCUCCAGAGUGAAAAGGUGGAUCGCACUCUUUACAUGCCUCACCACACGGGCAAUUCAUCUAGAGGUAGUUUACUCUCUAUCUGCCGCUUCGUGUAUCUUCGCCGUUCGAAGAUUCGUUAGCCGACGAGGGGCUCCGGCUGAGUUCUAUUCCGAUAACGGCACGAAUUUUGUAGGUGCAUCGAACAUAUUGCGAGAACAAAUACGUCUAAAAAUGAUAAACACCUUUACCAACUGUUCCACAAAAUGGCAUUUCAAUCCACCGGGAGCGCCCCAUAUGGGAGGCGUUUGGGAAAGACUUGUACGGUCUGUAAAAGUAGCUUUGAAUGACGGGUAUAGCGAGGGCAAGUUAAAUGAUGAAGGACUCAUUACUUUGAUUGUGGAGGCCGAGGGAAUAGUUAACUCAAGGCCUCUGACAUACCUUCCCUUAGAUUCUGAAGAGUUCGAAGCUCUCACCCCGAAUCACUUUUUGUUGGGGAGCUCCAACGGGGUUAAGCAGCCACCGGUCCCUAUCGAGGAACGUCGAAGUCUAAGAGACUCUUGGGACCUUAUCCAACACGAGUUGAACAUAUUCUGGGACCGCUGGGUCAAGGAAUACCUUCCAGUUAUCCGACGACAAACCAAAUGGUUCGCACCUACGAGACAGGUUGAGGUGGGAGACCUGGUAUUGGUAAUCGACUCCAAGACCCGCAAUGGAUGGAUCCGUGGUAAAGUUCGAGAAACGAUAGUUGCACCUGAUGGGAAUGUCCGUAGGGUGGUCGUAGAUACGGCUAAUGGCCCUAUUCGUCGUGCCGUACACUACCUGGCGCUAUUGGAUGUUUCAAACGACAGUGUAGUCUCCGUGUCCACCGAGAUACACCCGGGGGAGGAUGUUAACGCAGCAGGCAACCCUGUAGCCGCGCCUAUCGAUGAUUAAUGAGAAACGUCAUCAUCAGAAUCAUAAGAACAAUGACAGAAAUAAGAUAUACGUCACUUCCGCUAACGAGUCAUUAUAUUUAUAAAAACCUGCCACGUUUAUUAUAAGAGUUACAGUUGUCAAGCUCAGUUCCAUUCGUUAGGACGAAUAGUUGCGACUAUAGCUAGAAAGGUAGUGCGAACAUUUUGGCAAUAUUUAUCGUUCAUCUAACAAACAGCUAGGGCAAACACCGUGUUCCUCG